UUUCUGCGUGACGGCCGCAUAUGCCGUGAUAUAAGGCUGGCUCCUCCUCGUCGUCGUGAUGCUGCAUCUGCGCCCAUCCCUAUCCAACCACUCCGGUCACCACCUCUUGCGUCUGACCUGAAUCCUCUGUCCAAUUCCUCCUCCGCCGUCGACGAGUCUCUCCUCCAAUCUUCCACCGUUUAUACAUCCUUGACGUCAAUCCUCUCAAAGCUGGAUUCCCGCGAUAAAGACGGGGCCCCCGCAGCCGUUGUCCCGCCCUUCCCUUCGGCCGCCCCCCAUACCCCUGGCAGCGUGGGCAGCAACAACAGCGGCGACGAGGGCGGCCAGUCGAUCCCCUCGUCGGCGCUCCACCCCCGCGUGGCAGUCAUCCUAGGCGUGGAUCGCAAAUGGUACCUGCCGCUGGUGAUCUGUCGCGCGCUGAGCACCGUGCCGGCCGCAUGGUGGGGUCUGCGAUGUGCGUUCACAUUCCUCGCCGAGCUCCUGCAAAUCCAGCCAGGCAUGGGAGGGGAGGGGUGGGCGGCGGCGAUCGUGGGCAGUGUCGGGCAGGACUGGGAUGUUGAGCGAAGAUUCCGAGUCACUGAAGUGGCUUUGGCGAUUAUGUGGUGCUGUGCAUCUGCAUAUCUUUCUUACUUUUUUGCUGAUUGUAUGAUGUCUCGAUGGCUUUUGAACUAUACCCCGCCAGCUGUUGUUAUUCGUCUCCUCACGACAAACGGGUUGAUUGCUUAUAUUACUUCUUGGGUCCUUUAUCUUUCCGGCGCCUCGUCCGACCCCCGUCUGCUUCUCCCUGCCUGGAUCUCCAUUACGACUACCCUCACUUUCCUUUACCACGCCACCCAGAACCACGCCACGAUCAAGCGCGAAACGGCCGCUGCGCUGCUCGUCGUCGCGGUGGCUAGCUUCGUGAGCAUGUCCUCCCUGCUCCUGCAGUUGCACCUUACCCGCGAGAACGAACCCGAGGUGCCAGUGUUCGUCAUCACCCGGAAACUAUGGGACUGGGCGGUCCAGAUCUUCCUGCGCAUGCGGGUAUCGGAUAGUCGGGCGUAUCCUCCGGGGGAAUUGUAA